CCUUAAACAUAUGAUCAUGCAUUUAACCAUUGAAGUAGCUUCUUGAAAAACCAUUCUCAUGGUGGUUUCUAUUUCCUCCAUUGUGCACCUUACUUAUUAAAUGUCUCACCUACUUCCCAGACUUUUGUACUCCUGAAUCUUUCGAGUUCUGUUAAUUACCCCUAUUCAAGUUCAGUUUGAUCGUUAAUCUUAACCCAAUCCCACCGACACACAGCAAUCUUGUUGGCCAACCUAUAAUCUUCAUCGAAAAAACCACCAUGAAUCCGGCUAAAGAGUUAUUGAAUACAUCGUUGCUUUUCUCCCUACUUGUUUUCUGAUUUUGCAUUUCCCUUGACACCAUUUCCCCGAACCAGCCCGUUAAAGACGGUGACAUUCUGGUUUCGAGAGGAAAAAUCUUCGCACUUGGGUUUUUCAGCCCGGGAAACUCUGGCCGCCGCUACGUCAGAAUAUGGUAUUACAAAGUUCUUCAACAAACCGUUGUGUGGGUGGCAAAUAGAGACAUCCCUCUCAAUGACACCUCUGGAGUCCUCUCCAUCAACGGCCAUGGAAACCGUGUCCUUAACAGCCAAAACCGAAGCACCCCAAUCUGGUCUACAAAUGCUUCAAUCUCAACCACAAACAAUUCUAUGGCUCAGCUCUUAGAUUCUAGGAAUCUUGUUUUGGUUCUACGAGACAGCCAAAGGGUUACAUGGCAGAGCUUCGACUAUCCCACCAAUACUCUGCUUCAGUUGAUGAAACUUGGGCUGGACCGGCAGACAGGGUUGAGCCGAUACCUAACAUCUUGGGAACCGAAAACUGCUCAUUCGAGAUUGACCCAAUUGGGUACCCACAAUUGUUCCUAAACAAGGGCGAAACUCCACCGUGGCAAGGCGGACCUUGGACCGGCCAAAGAUGGAGCGGUGUACCCAAAAUGGAUCAUAAUUUUAUUUUCAACGUCAGUUACGUGAAUAAUGAAGAUGAGGUCACGAUUGUGUAUAGUGUAACUGACCCUAGAGUUUUUUUACUAGAAUGGUGUUGAAUGAAUCAGGAAUCGUUGAUCGGUCCACGUGGCACGAGGCUAGAUGGUUUGUUUUUGGUCUGCUCCGAUAGAGUCAUGCAAUAUGGACGAAGAGUGCAGUCCAAAUAGUUACUGCGACCUGUAUAAUCCAGACAAGUUUCUGUGCACAUGCUUACCUGGGUUUGAGCCCAAUUCGACCCGUGAUUGGUACUUGAGAGACGGGUCGGGCGGGUGUGUGAGGAGGCGGGGAGUAUCUGCGUGCGGCAGUGGAGAAAGGUUUGUGAAGUUGGCACGUGUGAAGGUACCGGAUACUUCAAUAGCACAUACGGACAUGAAUCUGAGUUUGGAGGAGUGUAGGCAGGAGUGCUUGAGGAAUUGUUCUUGUACGGCUUACACCAGUGCAGACGAGACAAGGGGAGGGAUUGGGUGCUUGGCAUGGCACGGGGACUUAGUGGACACUAGAGUCUACUCCAAAACAAGACAAGAAUUAUAUAUACGUGGGGAUACAGUUGUGCUAGCUCAAUAUUCAAAGAAAAAAGGCCUUAUUAUGAGCAAGAAGAUAUUGGCAGUUCUUAUAGUUUCUGUGGCUGUAAUGUUGCUUCUUUUGGUCUCCAUUGGAUAUUGGCUGGUAAUGAAGAACAAAAGAGGAAGAGGAAGCAGGGAAAGCAAAAAUAUGUUUAGUCUUACGUCAAGUUCAACAUACCUUCAAGAAUCUCCAAGUAGUAUAAGGGAGCUCGAUGAGAGUACAAGAAGUUUAGAUUUACCAUUCUUUGAUCUAAGUAUCAUAGUUGCAGCCAUAGAUAAUUUCUCUGACACUAACAAGCUUGGAGAAGGAGGUUUUGGCUCAGUUUAUAAGGAGGUCACCCAUCCUGGUACUACUCCAGCAGAAGCACGCUUAAUUGCGGAGUUCUGAUGGGAUCAUGACCAUCACGGCUUUAAAACGCGUUGUUUGGGAUCAGAGAUACAUAGCAGCAGCAUAGCAGAGCCCUUCCCACAACAAUAUUGUCCUCUUUGGCGCUUACCAGGAGUCGAUCCCACGAGUCGAUCCCACGACCUCCUGGCAUCCCUCAUGGCUUUGUUCCUCCCUAGCCACCACUAGGCUAGGAGAACACGUUGUUGUCAUUAAGGGUGUAGUAUACAUUUAAGCACAUCCUCAUCUCCAUACCCAGGCAAUGUGGGACAUCACAGUGCAUCAUGAUUAAAUGAAAUUUGUACUUUGAUUUCAGGGUCUGUUAGAUAAUCAGAAGGAAAUUGCAGUAAAAAAACUUUCAAAGUAUUCCGAACUAGGAGUAGAAGAAUUCAAAAAUGAAGUUACAAUAAUUGCUAAACUCCAACAUAGGAACCUUGUGAGGAUUUUAGGUUAUUGCGUUCAUCGAGAAGAGAGGAUGUUAAUCUAUGAGUACUUGCCAAACAAAAGCCUAGACUUUUUCAUUUUUCAUGAAACAAAAAGGUCAUUGAUAGAUUGGGGAAGACGCUUCGAAAUUAUUUGUGGGGUUGCUCGAGGGCUCUUAUAUCUUCAUCAAGACUCAAGAUUAAAAAUUAUUCAUAGAGACUUAAAGGCUAGCAAUGUUC